AUGCAAACGGUCCCUCUGCCCAAUCCCAGUGCAGCACAGGCUUCACGACCUUCUGUGGCUCGCCAAAACGAGGUUAACACCUUGGACAACGCUGCAAGGGCAGCCGUGGUUGACUCUUUCAGAACUCGGUCUCUUGGAAACCAGACUGAGUACAUGCAAGGUGUCAAGCGAGUCGAUUUUCUCGGCCGCAAAAAUCUAUUCGCGGGCCUGACGAGGGCUCGUGAUGGCCAGGACCGCUGGGACAUCCACUUCGUCGCAAGUGCUUGAUCUCUGGCGCAACUGCCGUUAUUUUAUUUGCCUAUCGUAUUACCAGCGCUGCGCGUUGGCUGAAUCUUAUAUCGCGCCUCUGUGCUAAUGUGGACACUCUUGUUUGUCUCAACUCGACAAAAACACUACCCUCGGUUCCUCUUGUACUCUUAUUGCUCUUUCCACUCCAACUCUCAGCUCGUCUACCCUACUCUGCCUUUUCAAGUUCUCGCUUGUCUCGAUAUUCUUGGUGUAUUCUGGUGUUCUGCUGCUCUGUACUAGUUCGCGCUUUCGAUACCUGCUUUCGGUGGACCAUAUACUGUAAGGGUUUUUAUUGUAUUUUAGCACCAGCUCAAUCAU